AUGACGAUUACGUCCGUAAGCGGCCGUCGAGCCCUCUUAAGUGUCACACGCUGGAAGGAGUUGAAUUUCGAGAGCAUCGGAUGCGCGGGAGCCUUUAACGACCACCGGGACGAGGUGGGAGGCAGUACGGUGGUAGCCGAGGGUGUAGUAGGCGGCAUAAGGGGCCCAGGCGGCGGGUGCCGCGCAUCCUCGAUGACGAUGGCCGAGAGCGCCGUGGAGGACGCUGCAGCCGCGCCCCCAGGUCCGGCCAAGCCGCCACCGCCCUCCUGCACCAACAACAACACCCUGGCGGCGACUGCGAACCGGAACCAUCGAAACCUGCGGAGACGGAAGCGUCUCGAUCAGGUUCUGGACAUCCUGCAACAUCGAAGUUCGCCCAGCGAGGGCGAGGUGCUGAGAUUCGAGGGCAGCGGUCCAGUGUCCGAGGAGGAGGAGGACGUGUUCGGUUCGCCGAGGUCGUCUUCGAGAUCGGCCGUGGACGCGCCGUCAGGCAUAAGUUUGCUGCCCCUCAGGCUGAAGAGCGAGGAACCUGUGACGCCCACCGAGGAUGAGAGCACCCCGAACGACGCCGAUCAGCAACAGCAGCAGCAGCAGCAGCAGCAACAGCAGCAGCAGAAUCAUCAUCCUCAUCAUCCGCACCAUCACCCGCAUCAUCAUCGUCAUCGGCACAGGCAUCAUCACAGGAACAACGCGAAUCACGCGUACGAUCACCUGCACCCGUCUCAUCAGAGAUCCUCGGCGCCCAAGUACGCGGGCUGCACCUGCGUCCAGUGCUCCCAGUCCGUCACCCCGCCGAUGGUGCUGCCUUCACCGAUCUCUCCCCUGACGCCCCUGACGCCGCUGACGCCGCUCACCCCGCUGACAUUGCCGCCCCUCACGCCCGGAUCCCUCUCGUCGUACAGCUUCGAGCACUACAUGCACACCAAGUACCUGCCGGACAUCUUCCGUGGACGCAGCCACUCGGACUCUGACCUGGUGCCGGGAUGGGACCAGAAACCUCUGCCCUCGUCCGUGUUCGUCAACCAUCCGCUGAGGAGCGGCUCUCUCGAGAGCGACACCACCAGCCCCCAGGAGUCCCCAUUGGAUCUCUCGAUGAAGAACCUGAUGGCGACGGCCGCGGCGGCAGUCGCCGGGAGACCGCCGGCCCUCCAGCUGCUGCCACCCGGGAUCGUAUCGAGGAGCUCGGUGAGCGUACCCGUGGUGAAGGGCGACGUCGCGUCCCCGACAACCAAGGAGAGUGUCGCCGUCCGCUACAACCUCGAGGUCUCGCCCGUGGUGGAGGAGAUGCCACCGGGCGUCGACGUGGCUUAUGUCUGUCCCGUGUGCGGCCAGAUGUUCAGCCUCCACGACCGUCUAGCGAAGCACAUGGCCUCGAGGCAUCGCAGACAAGGGCCCCAGGACGCGUCCGCAAAGGCGUAUCUCUGCGACGUAUGCAAGAGAAGCUUCGCCAGGUCUGACAUGCUCACCAGACACAUGAGGCUCCACACGGGCGUAAAACCGUACACGUGCAAGGUCUGCGGCCAGGUAUUCAGUAGGUCGGAUCACCUGAGCACGCACCAGAGAACGCACACCGGCGAGAAACCGUACAAGUGUCCCCAGUGCGCGUACGCGGCCUGCCGCAGAGACAUGAUCACCAGGCACCUCAGGACCCACGCCAGAUUCCCCGACGUUCAGACGCCUAAGAGCGAACCCGGCCUCCUUGCCGGCGAGGACAGCCCCACGUUUGCGCAGGAGAUGGUCUCCCCAUCCGCCACGAUCAAGGCCGAAUGACGACGGUCCGCUGGAUGACCACGUUUCUCUGCCGCGGUCCACCGCGGAUCUCGAGGAAGGGGACGUCCGGCAUCGACGGAGAGGCCCUUGGCCACCGUCCCGAGGUCUCAGCGACGUCGACGACA